CCCCUGGGCGUUCCUUCUCCUUUUAUCUCAACUAAAGAUAAAAUAUCUACGUCGUCCAUGUUAAAUUGUUUUUAUUUCAACAACACAUAACAAACAAAACAUGGAUUAAUUUUUUGUCUCACUAUCUUAACAGUUAUCACAACUUGUAAAGCAUGGGGGCAUGUAAGUCAUGUUCUCGAGUCAUCCUUGUACUUAUUAACAUAUUAUUUUCUUUGAUUGGAAUAGCCUUAUUGAUUGUUGGAAGCGUAGUAAGAUGGGGAACAGAUUUAAUGAACCAGUACCUAUCAGAUUUAUAUAAAGACUUCAGAGUAGCUAUUAAUGUUCAUGAUGAUUUAGACUUUAACAUACCAGAUCUGCUUGGGGAUGUGACAUUAAGUUUUAUUGUAAUUGGUGCUUUCUUCUUCAUCAUUGGUAUUUUAGGAUGUAUAGGAGCCUGCUGCACAGUCAGACCAAUGCUUAUACUGUACGUUGUAAUUUUGUCAAUUUUGGUGUUAGCUGAAAUAGCCUUUGUGGUUGUCUUGUUCGCUGCUCAAAGCAAGGUUGACGAAUGGUUGAAGAAGCCUUUCAAAAUGACAUUAGAAGAAUACAAAGGUAUAGAUGGUAUAGAUGCUGUUACUUUAGGAUUAAACUUCAUCAUGACGCAGUACGACUGUUGUGGUGUAGAAGGCUAUGGAGACUUUAAUGACUCGACUUUGUGGGAUAGAGAGUUUAAUAAAUCUGACGGUAGCACACACAACAAGUCUAUACCAGCAGUAUGCUGUAUAAAUGUAACUAAUCAGGACUGUUGGCAGCACCCAAACACCAAUAAUUCUUAUAUGGAUACGGGCUGUUAUGAUGCUAUCAAGGACUGGUUACAUGACAACAUGGAACCACUAAUAGGUACUAGUGCAGGAGUACUAGUCAUUGAGAUAAUACUUGUUAUAUUUGCCUGUGUUGCUUGUUCUAAAGAGAGAAGUAACAAAGAAGACUAUGAAAAUGAUAGCUACGGUAAACCAGUAAUGGACGAUCGGUCUUAUGAUGCAAUUAGAGCAUACGAGAAUCAGGGAUACAGGGGACCACAUCAUAACAGACAACCAUAUAAUGGAUAUGACGACAGAGGCUCUUAUGAUAAUAGAGGACAAAGAGACAAUCGAGCGUACCAAAAUGAUGUUCCGAGUCGUCGCCGAGAUAAACAUUAUUAGAGUGUGGAAAUUAUGUCUAUUACUUGUUAAGGUCAAUUGCAAAACUACUUACACUACAAGAAUGUCAAAGCAUAUACAACAGAUCUGUAUAAUUUGUCUUGCAAAUUACCAAGUAUAACUUGUUUACAAUGAAAUCCAAGUCAAAUGGCCAUAAUGAUAACAAACCAGAACAAAUGUCUGGCGCAGUUUAGGAAAUAGUUGAUACAUAUAUUCGUUCUCAUACAAAAUACUGUUUUAAGUAAUCAAAAAACAAUUAUUGUCGUCGUAAUGAAAACUGUUCUUCCCAUUUUGCUGUUUUAGUAAUGUUUGGAAUAAGACUCUGACACUGUGAUCCUAGUUUGUAUGAUUAUAUAUACAUGCUCAAAUGAUUUAUUAUGUGGUUGAUGAUCAUUUUACCUGACCAUAUACAUUUUUUUAGAUUCGUUGCGAAAAUUGAUAAUGUAAAAGAUGCAUUUACAGAGAAAAUUUGAAGGACAAUUCCUAAACGUGUUAGCUUUAUAAAUAAUAUUACCUUAAAAAUGUGAAUUACCACAUUUGAAUGUAUCUAUUUUCACUUUGGAUUGUUUUGGGUUUAUUUGCCCCUGUAAAUUAAACCAGAAAAAUGUGUAACAAUCUUUAUUACUUAAAUUCUUAAAGCUUCAAAUCGAAGAGCUUUCAUAAAAUUUGAAUGUUUGCCAAGCCUGGAUGACACAAUAUGUCUGCAGCAUCAUAAAAGGGCAAACUCUAAUAAUUUAUCAAAUUACAUAAUUUUACAAAUAUAGAUAGUUUGGAAUACAUUUAAUAUUUGGGCCAAUUGGACCCCAAAUUGUACUUUCUCCUUCAUUUUUAAAGUAACAUUAAUUAACUUUCCCCGUGUUCUCUUGAGUAAGAAUAUUUUUAUGUAAAAAAGUCAGCUUUUCUGUGAAUGCUUAAUUUGAGAAAAGUACAUGUAUGGAGUUCAGACUCAUUUAUUAACAAGAAUAAAGAGUUAUCGGAACUUUGAUAAUUCGAUUACGUUAUUGCUGACAUGUACAGGGAAUGGAGGAAUGACUCCUGUCCGUCGUACGUUCAUACUUUAUUGUUUCAAACUGUAUUAUCACACCGAGUAUCCCAAUCCGAAAACGCGGAGGGAUCCGAAUCUCGAGGAGCAAUAAGUCAAUGGGUAAGUAAAUUCUGGAUCCGUCCCACUAAGGAAUUAUGCUCCGUGGGAAUCGGAUCCAUAUUUAGCCUACCCACCGUUACAAAUUAAUUUCCCCUCGGGAUUCGGAUCCUUCCUCGGAUUUCUGAUCGGUUUACCCGUUGUGUUAUUGUUUUAUUGCAUAUUUAUCUGUGUUGGUGUGAAUGUUAAUUGUUAAUAAGCAGAAGUCAUUUUAUUUUUUUGGUUUUUUUUUUCUUCUUCAAUUAAAUGAAGGAAGAAAUGUAAUAAAAAAAGUUAGAUCAUUUCA